UGACGCCAUCAUCGACUCCAUCGAAGAAGUCGUAGGUGCCGGAGGGUUGCAGUAUCUGCAACAUCACGGCGGCAACAAGUUCUUGGCAGCUGUCCGCUCCGCGGCUCAGGCAGCCAAGAUGGCGGCAAAAGGCUCCCUGCUGCUCGCCAACAAGGUCGUACCGCUGGAACGCAUGGGCACUCCAGUGGUUUAUGUGACGGUCUAUCGUCUUCCACCCUGUGUCAGUGAUGACGCCUUGAUUGCUGCACUUGCACCGUAUGGGAAGUGCCGAGGCAUUUCCGACGUCGUUUUCAAGGACAGGACGGACAUCAGCAAUGGCAGCCGACUGGUCAAGCUCGAGAUGGUAAAACCUCCACCGAAUUUCAUCAUGGUGACUGGCUUUCGGGUAAUGCUUGAAUACAAAGGAAUGAAGAGAGUGUGCUCCAAGUGCGGAGCAGAAGGUCAUUUUGGGGCCACCUGCACAUCAGCUCGAUGCGCCCGAUGUGCCAUUUUCGGUCAUGCGACUGCAACGUGCAACGCACCAUGCAGACGUUGUAAUGGCGAGCACGCCACUGUUGACUGUGUGUCGCCACGUUCGUAUGCUGCUGCAGUGACACCAGUGACGCACGCCCAGCCAGGACUGGGCGAGAAUACAUCUGAAGAGGCAGCACAGACGCAAGCCACAGAUCAACUAGGGAAAGAAAGUGCCCCAGAGGCGCCGACGCCAGCGUCCCCCGAUGCCAGCGACGCUGCGUCUCCUCCCUCUACUGACGAAGAGAGCACCGAGACGCCACCUGCCACAAUAGCGCCGUCUGCCACGGAAGACGAUGAGGAGCCUACGUUAGACGCCCUGUCUACGCUAUCACAGCAGGAACGGCUCCUUGCAUGUGCUACAACACCGAACGCUAGCGAGAACGCGGAUGGACGCCAUCGCGGCCUCCCCGAAGUCUUGGCCGGUCCGUCGAGGAUCACGCCGGUUGCCAAGACAACGACCACGCUUGCGAGUGGUACUAGUACAGCGGUGAAUGAGAGACGGACGCGCUCGCAAACAGCGCCUGAAGAAGCCAAGAGAAUGCUCUCUUCAGAGAGCUCUACGUCAUCAGAACCAAUGGCGACACCCUCCAAGAAAUGCAAGAAAAUGCCACGAGACACCACUACCAUGGACGUUGUCUCCGAUUCGGAGACGUACUAA